AUGGUCGACGACAAAUACAUUGGCCUCGCUUUGGCGGUCUCCAGCUCAGCGGCCAUCGGGACGAGCAUCGUAAUAACGAAAAAGGGCCUCACUGCUGCUGCUAAUGGGAACAAUUCUUCUGCUUCCGAAAAUCUCGCAUACCUGCGGAAUCCAACAUGGUGGGCUGGGAUGUCGACUUUGAUUCUUGGUGAAGUCGCUAACUUCGCGGCUUAUUCUUUCGCUCCGCCCGUACUUGUCACCCCGCUUGGAGCAUUGAGUGUUCUUAUUGGCGCAAUCCUAGCCUCCUUUCUUCUAAAUGAAAGACUUGGCCAUCUCGGUCGAGUUGGCUGCGCUCUAUGUCUACUUGGCUCCGUCAUAAUCGUGCUCCAUGCGCCGGACGACCAGCCUAUUGACACGAUAACCGACUUUCUCAACUACGCUCUCAAGCCAGGGUUUCUGCUAUACUGUUUCGUCGUCUGCGUUGGCUCUGUCGUCCUUGCAUAUGGAGUUGCUCCGAAACUUGGCCGCAAGAACCCCGUGGUUUUCAUUUCUAUCGCGUCACUUGUUGGAAGCGUGUCAGUGAUGUUUGUGAAGGGCUUUGGCGUUGCGGUCAAGCUUACAUUCGCGGGCAAGAAUCAGUUUGUGUACCCAAGCACGUAUUUGUUUGGCGCAAUCUCUGCUGCAUGCAUUGUCAUCCAGCUUAACUACUAUAACAAGGCCCUGGAUACGUUUUCAGUCAACAUCGUCAACCCAAUGUACUACGUCGGCUUUUGCAGCUGUACGAUAGUCGCAUCCUUGAUUCUGUUCGAAGGUUUUAACACUAGCGAUGCGACCAACACAAUCUCUCUAGUCUGCGGUUUCGUCGUCACCUUUGUUGGCGUACAUAUCCUCAAUCUUUCAAUGCUGGAGGGUGCUGCGGAAGCAGUGGAAGAGGGACGUGGUGGACUGACACUGGAAGGACGACUUUCCCUUGAUGGCUGGCACGGAGUUAGGCGAGAUAGCAUUGGAAUGGGUGUUGGAAUGGCUCUUCCAAGUCCUCGACAUGUUCGCCGAAGCUCGCUCUAUCGCAACCAACCGGGUAUGCUAUUCAGUCCAUAUGAGGCUGAAGCAUUGUCAAGUCAACAGCAACAUGAUUUGUCGCUGGUGCGUGAAGAAGAAGAGGACUCGGAUGGGGAGGAUGCUAAUGAGAUGACUUCGCUGAGGACACCCAAUAGAAGCCCUAGACCUGGCAGUUCCCCAAAACCACCAGGAGAUAUCAGGAUAUCACCCAGGCCGGUGUAG